AUGCCGGGAGUUCGAGAGGCCACCAUGCAGACUGCCCAGAGCUCCUGCCCCGGCAGCCCCCCAGACACUGGAGAUGGAUGGGAGCCAGGCCUGUGCAGAGGAGAGGUCAACUUUGGAGGGUCCGGGAAGAAACGAGGCAAGUUUGUGAAGGUGCCAAGCAGUGUGGCCCCCUCCAUGCUCUUUGAACUCCUGCUUACCGAGUGGCACCUGCCAGCCCCCAACCUGGUGGUGUCCCUUGUGGGUGAGGAGCGGCCUUUUGCUAUGAAGUCCUGGCUCCGGGAUGUCCUGCGCAAAGGGCUCGUGAAAGCGGCUCAGAGCACAGGUGCCUGGAUCCUGACCAGUGCCCUCCGUGUAGGCCUGGCCCGCCAUAUUGGGCAGGCUGUACGUGAUCAUUCUCUGGCUAGCACAUCCACCAAGGUCCGUGUAGUGGCUAUCGGAAUGGCCUCUCUGGAUCGAAUCCUUCACCGUCAACUUCUAGAUGGUGCCCAGGUUAGUGGCAGCGCUGAAGCCUUGCCCAGGGCCCCAGCAUGGCCUGCACAGCACAGCAAGGCCCAGCCCAGACUGCUCCUGAGGCCUCUGCCUCUCCAUGUCUUCUUGGCACAGGAGGAUACCCCCAUCCACUACCCUGCAGAUGAGGGCGGCAUCCAGGGACCCCUCUGCCCCCUGGACAGCAAUCUCUCCCACUUCAUUCUUGUGGAGCCAGGCGCCCUUGGGAGUGGAAACGACGGGCUGGCAGAGCUGCGGCUGGGCCUGGAGAAGCACAUCUCUCAGCAGAGGACAGGUUAUGGCGGCACCAGCAGCAUCCAGAUACCUGUCCUUUGUCUGCUGGUCAAUGGUGACCCCAGUACUCUGGAGAGGAUUUCCAGGGCAGUGGAGCAGGCUGCCCCAUGGCUGAUCCUGGCAGGUUCUGGGGGCAUUGCUGAUGUGCUCGCUGCCCUGGUGAGCCAGCCUCAUCUCCUGGUGCCCCAGGUGGCUGAGAAGCAGUUCAGAGAGAAAUUCCCCGGCGAGUGUUUCUCUUGGGAAGCCAUUGUGCACUGGACGGAGCUGCUACAGAACAUUGCUGCGCACCCCCACCUGCUCACCGUGUACGACUUUGAGCAGGAGGGUUCCGAGGACCUGGACACCGUCAUCCUCAAGGCACUUGUGAAAGCGUGCAAGAGCCACAGCCAAGAGGCCCAAGACUACCUGGACGAGCUCAAGUUGGCCGUAGCCUGGGACCGCGUGGACAUUGCCAAGAGCGAGAUCUUCAGUGGGGACGUGGAAUGGAAGUCUUGCGACCUGGAAGAGGUGAUGACAGAUGCUCUGGUGAGCAACAAGCCUGACUUCGUGCGCCUCUUUGUGGAUAGCGGUGCUGACAUGGCUGAGUUCUUGACAUAUGGGCGGCUGCAGCAGCUUUACCACUCCGUGUCCCCCAAGAGCCUCCUCUUUGAACUGCUGCAGCGUAAGCAUGAGGAGGGUCGGCUGACACUGGCUGGCCUGGGUGCCCAGCAGGCCCGGGAGCUGCCCAUUGGGAUGCCUGCCUUCUCACUUCAUGAGGUCUCCCGUGUACUCAAAGAUUUCCUGCAUGAUGCCUGCCGUGGCUUCUACCAGGAUGGGCGCAGGAUGGAGGAGAGAGGGCCACCCAAGCGGCCCGCAGGCCAGAAGGGGCUCUUGGACCUCAGUCGUAAGAGUGAGGACCCUUGGAGGGACCUGUUUCUCUGGGCUGUGCUGCAGAACCGUUAUGAGAUGGCCACAUACUUCUGGGCCAUGGGCCGGGAGGGUGUGGCUGCUGCUCUGGCUGCUUGCAAGAUCAUAAAGGAAAUGUCCCACCUGGAGAAGGAGGCGGAGGUGGCCCGUACCAUGCGUGAGGCCAAGUAUGAGCAGCUGGCCCUGGAUCUCUUCUCUGAGUGCUACAGCAACAGUGAGGACCACGCCUUUGCCCUGCUGGUGCGCAGGAACCACAGCUGGAGCAGGACCACUUGCCUGCACCUGGCCACUGAAGCUGAUGCCAAGGCCUUCUUUGCCCAUGAUGGUGUGCAAGCAUUCCUGACCAAGAUCUGGUGGGGAGAUAUGGCCACAGGCACGCCCAUCCUACGGCUGCUGGGUGCCUUCACCUGCCCAGCCCUCAUCUACACCAACCUCAUCACCUUCAGUGAGGAUGUCCCACAGAGGGUGGGCCUGGAAGAUCUGCAGGAGCCAGACAGCUUGGAUGUGGAAAAGAGCUUCCUGUGCAGCCAGGGCGGCCAACUGGAGAAACUGACAGAGGCACCGAGGGCUCCAGGAGACCUCGGCCCACAAGCUGCCUUUCUGCUCACACGGUGGCGGAAGUUCUGGGGCGCUCCUGUGACCGUGUUCCUGGGGAACGUGGUCAUGUACUUCGCAUUCCUCUUCCUGUUCACCUAUGUCCUGCUGGUGGACUUCAAGCCACCUCCCCAGGGACCAUCUGGGUCUGAGGUUACCCUCUAUUUCUGGGUGUUCACCCUGGUGCUGGAGGAAAUCCGACAGGGCUUCUUCACAGACGAGGACACACACCUGGUGAAGAAGUUCACUCUGUAUGUUGAAGACAACUGGAACAAGUGUGACAUGGUGGCCAUCUUCCUGUUCAUUGUUGGCGUCACCUGUAGGAUGCUGCCCUCGGUGUUUGAGGCUGGCCGUACUGUUUUGGCCAUUGACUUCAUGGUGUUCACACUUCGGCUCAUCCAUAUCUUCGCCAUUCACAAGCAGCUGGGUCCUAAGAUCAUCAUUGUAGAGCGGAUGAUGAAGGAUGUCUUCUUCUUCCUCUUUUUCCUGAGCGUGUGGCUUGUGGCUUAUGGCGUGACCACCCAGGCCCUGCUGCACCCCCAUGACGGCCGUCUGGAGUGGAUUUUCCGCCGAGUGCUAUACCGGCCUUACCUGCAGAUCUUUGGGCAAAUCCCUCUGGAUGAGAUUGAUGAGGCCCGUGUGAACUGUUCCCUUCACCCUCUGUUGCUGAAAAGCUCGGCUUCUUGCCCCAACCUCUAUGCCAACUGGCUUGUCAUUCUCCUGCUGGUCACUUUCCUGCUGGUCACUAAUGUGCUACUCAUGAACCUUCUGAUUGCCAUGUUCAGCUAUACAUUCCAGGUGGUACAGGGCAAUGCGGACAUGUUCUGGAAGUUUCAGCGCUACCACCUCAUUGUUGAAUACCAUGGUCGACCAGCCUUGGCCCCGCCCUUCAUCCUGCUCAGCCACCUGAGUCUGGUUCUCAAGCAGGUCUUCAGGAAGGAAGCCCAGCACAAGCGGCAACAUCUGGAAAGGGACUUGCCUGACCCCUUGGACCAGAAGAUCAUUACCUGGGAAACAGUCCAGAAAGAGAACUUCCUGAGUACCAUGGAGAAACGGAGGAGGGACAGCGAGGGGGAGGUGCUGAGGAAAACGGCACACAGAGUUGACUCCAUUGCCAAAUACAUUGGAGCACUGAGAGAGCAAGAAAAGAGGAUCAAGUGUCUGGAAUCACAGGCUAACUACUGUAUGCUCCUCCUGUCCUCCAUGACCGACUCGGCAGCUCCAGGAGGCACCUACUCAAACUCUCAGAACUGUGGUCGCAGGAGUCAGCCAGCCUCUGCUAGAGACAGGGAGUACCUAGAGGCUGGCUUGCCACCCUCAGACAACUGACAUGGAGAAACCACUUGUCCUAGAGACCCAGGCCUGGCCAUCUUGAACUUUUGGGACACAUCAACCUCCCCUCUCCCCCAACUCCCAGCAGCCCCCAGGAACAGUCUUCAAGGCCUUGCCACAGACCACUUCUUGGACAUCCCUUCCUAUGAGAAUCAUCUCCCUUGAUACCUAUUUGGGAGGCCCAGUGUAAUCUUCUGAAGUAGGAGUUUUUUCAUGUCCUACCUAGAGCUUUUACUGUGUUGAACUGGACACCUGGAACCGGCCAACUCCCUCAGAGGACAUCAUCUGCCUAGCCCUAGCCUGUCUACCCUGAGUUCUUAAGAAACCAACCUCUUAAACACUAACGGUUUCUUUUUGCCCUUAAAGACCCUUCAUCGGCUGACCAGCUUCUAGAAGGCAGGGUCCACCGUAAUCAGCUUCCACCCUUCUGGCCCCACAGCAUUGUGUGUCCAUUCUGGCAGUAACCCCAAAAUACUAUUCAAGGGUACCUGAUGGUACUUUAUUUUCUAUAAUGCCUGUAGACCACCUCAACUCAGCUGGAUCACAGGGGUCACUGAACAUAUAUUUCAAACAUCUGGGGUGCAUGGAGGGCUAUCUGACCCAUCAGCUGGCAUCUUGAUUCCUUCCAUUGCUCCUCAAUGAAAUGACCACCCAGGCUGGUUCCUCAUUUUUAGGAGGAACUCAAGCCCUGCAAUGGGGAGUGCAGAGGCUAGGGCAGACUUGAUGCUUAGCAGGCUAGGGCAGACUUGAUGCUUAGCAGGCUAGGCUAGGCUAGGCUAGCUAUGUUGGUCCAAGUCUAUGGCCACAACAUGAAGUACUCACUCAUUUAUCUUCCGUACAUCCUUCUCUUCCUCCCUGGCCCAGCUUCAGCUGAAUGAUGUAGAUAUCAGCCUGUAGCAUCAGCUAUGUCCUACACAGAAGUCACAAGUCCUGGAGACAUACACCCAGGACAUCAGCUAUAAGCUGGUUCACAAUCUACCCUCUUCCAAUAACCUGUAGUCUGCACAGGCCUAAUGCUGAGACUGCACUGGUUUCUGGGGGGCCAGAUUUUGCUCAUCCAGCAUCAUUAGGGACACACAGCUGCAUGUGGCUAG